UGGGAUUGGGAACUUGCUGCUUUUAAUUUCUCGGAGCGAUGGGAGAUAUGACUGAGUUAGCUUGCCCCGAGCCAUUGAAAUAUAGACUAAAAGGGGAACGGAAUCAGGCAGGCAGUUUCCCAACUUUAUAUCAAUAGGAAAUGCUGGAAACGCCCCGGCGGUCCUUACAUCCCACAGCAAGGUGCCAUGUCUCUCAGUGGACAGUGGAAGUUUGUCCACCCUCAGCCAUCUAGUACGUCCUCUCCAAAGUCACCGUACUCCAGGACAUCGCCAUCCCUAAGCAUAAGCACGCCCAUGAUGUUGGAACGAUGUCAACAAAUUCUCUUUUCAAGAAUUCAGGAAAGAAACGAAACUCUUCUAUUAUUUAUAGUGUGGAAAGUUUGCCUUCAGAAGUUCCAGUUUCAGCCUUCUCAGGGUUGUCAAACCAAGGGAAAAAGAAUAUAAAUUAUGAGAGUAAAGAAUUUCCACCAAACAAACGUCACAAGGGAGAACAAGCAAAAGAUGCAAGAGCCAGUGAGGAUCCUUUUGGAGAUAAUGAUGAUUUCACUGCUGAUGACUUGGAGGAAUUGGAUACUCUAGCCUCACAGGUUUUAACUCAGGAUAUGAAGCCUGCAUCCAAUGCUACGAAUGCACCAGCAACUGAUAAGCAAAACAGGGAAAUGUCAGUACUAAAAAAAGAUACAAAUGCAAAAGUUGCUACAUUUUCCUCAAGAGCAUUGAACUGUGGAAAUACAGCAAAGGAAUUUCAUGAGAAUGGUCUAAUUCAGUGUAAAAAUGCUAAUUCAUUUGGCUUUGAAGUUCUUCAGGAACAACACAGCAAACUGAGGAAGCAGUUUAAUGAAACAUGUGAAGAACUACAGAUUAAAAAUGGUGAAAUCAAAAUUCUGCGAGAUUGUUUACGGCGUGUAGAAUCUGAGCUUGAUCAACAGAAAAGCCAGUAUUUACUCAGUGAGAAGGAGAAAAAUGAAGCACAAAGCCAAAAAGAAAAGGACUUGUCCAAAAAGGUGCAGUCAUUGCAGUCUGAACUGCAGUUUAAAGAAGCAGAGAUGAAUGAGUUGCGUACAAAGUUCAGAAAUUGUGAAAGAACCACCAAGUCUCCAAUUCUGGGUGUUUCUAAAGUCAGCCCCAGGAAAUGUUCAUCUGGACCCAGUGCCUCUCCCCAGACUGCAAGAAGUUAUUUUCCUGAUAAAAAGUCAUUUGCUGCAGAGAUGUCCCCUGUGCAUUCCAUUUGUUCCCCUUCAGCAGGAAACCAGCUUACAUCUAAUAAAGAGACAAGAGAUUUGAAGGAGUAUCACAUUGCCAAGAAGGAAAUGCCUAAAAAAAGUCUCUCAUUUACCUCCUUUUUGGGAAAAUCAUCCCACAACAGGCAGUCUGAAGGUUCUCCUAGUACACAUUCCAUUUCCACUGGUGAGGGGAAGCAAGCAUCCUGGUCCAAAGUUGAUGUUGAGAUGGCAUCUGGAAAGUGCAAAAGACGGUUUGAAGGUGCUGUUCUGGUGACUAUGCUGCUCAGCCAGCCAGCUGGUCCUCGGAGUCUGGGGUUGAGACAUCUCCUCACUUGCAGUUGUGAAGCUUUCACUGGGUUGGUCCAAUACCAUAGUUGCUGCAGCACUGACUCUUCCUCAACUGAGAAAUCUUCUGAUGUCAGGAUAAAAGAAAUGUCUUCAAAUCUAAAUAAACUUCAACAGUUAGCUUUGUGUGGUAUUAACAUGCUCAUCUUGGACCAAGAAUUGUCAGAAAAAAACUUGGACCCUGCAGAAAUUUAUCUUAGAAAACAUAAUGACAUGCCUGGUGUAGUUCACCUUUUGCCACUAAUAGAAUAUUACCUUGAUACAUAUUGUCAAGCAUUGCAAACUGAAAAAGGGGGAAGAAGUCCUUCUCAAAGCAGAACUUGCUGUUCAUCCAGCUCUGGGGAGCUUACUGCCUCGAAUAUAGAUGAUCAUUUGCAUAAUUGUGAAGACUUUGCACUUACAGCACUUGGAGUUCUGUAUCACCUUGUAUCACAUAGUCAAAAGGUUGGAAAUUUCUUACUGGUCCAUAACUCCAGAGAAGGCACAGAAGGUGACUCUAACUUGGCCACCCAAAUGCAUAACAAAAGCAUACCACCAGGUGAACAUGAUGAAGAAGAAGCAGGAAUGUCGAAGCUUCAAGAAGAACAAACAAAGCCGCAGGAAUCGGCUGGCUUAGAACAAUCUCAGAAUCACUUGUUUGACAAGUUACUCCAAUUUACUGAUCCUGUGGCUAUAAGCAUGUCUCAUCGAAGAGAGAGUGUCCAGUGCCAAAGCUUAAGAGUUUUGAGGAGGCUUGCUGAACAUGCAAAUUCUUCACUCCUGCACAGGUUUCACCAUUUACUGAGCAGCCAAGUGCUACUGCGGUGCCUUUCUCCAGAUUCUUCAUGUUCCAUUGUCCUGCUUGUUGUCCAGAUCCUGGCAAAUCUGGCAGAUCAUGUGGAACUGGCCUCAAGGUUUUGCUCACAGUCAGCAGCGUGCCUGUUUCUUAACCUAUACAUAUAUGCUUCCUCCAGACCUGACAACUCUGCUUCAGAUGGACUUUGGCUCCAGCUUGAACAAGAGAUUGUUCGAUUCAUCACCAAAUUUGGUUUAUCUCAUUCUGGUGCCAGUGCUGUGUUGGUAGAACUAGACUGUCCAUGCAAUACUGAGAUAUUGAAGACUUUAAUAAUUAUGUUACACCGACAGUGGCUUACCAUUCGACUAUCCACACAGGAUCUGCAUUCACUGGGUAAUCAAGCUGUAGUGCAGUUCCUGAGAGAAACGGUAAUGCUGCUGCACUCCCUAUCACAGAGGGACAAAAACUUUACAGACCAUUGUUUUGUUGUAUUGCACUUAUAUGAUCAAGUUAUGCAUGGGAUUAAAGCUAUUUUUAAACAACUACCGGAUCUGGAAGAAAAUGAAGAAAUUGCAUUGGAAGAGCUUUGUUCUCCUGAGCCUGAAGCUGAGUAUCAAGGAUUGGAAACCGAAGGACCUUAGAGCGCCAUGUACAAAAAUGGAAAAUAAACCUUCUAUAGUCUAAUAUAACUGAGGUUAUCUUUCUUAAGUAAAUUUCACAGCAUAUCACCAAAAUCGUGAUAGUAGGUUUUGCAGAUGAAAUAGGUGGAGCUAUUUUUCUUUUUCAUUGAUUAACCCUGCUGGCUAAUAACAUGCAUCCGACUAUCACUAUCAAAAUGCUGGUAAAUAUCUUUUAGUUUUCUAAAAUGCAGCUAUACAAUUUUUAUUUUCUGACCAUGCAAUAAAAGUUUGGUUGUUUAUUAACACGCAUCAGGAAAAUUAACUUGCAAUGCUUUAACUGUCAAGUGGUUUGUGUUUUCUCUAGGAAACUACUGAACCUCAGCUCCAAGUGUUUGAUAUGCAUUUUUAUAAUGUGUUGAAAAUGUGCGAAGUUAUUCUUUGGUUCUUGAAUGAUUAAUUAAGGAAACUGAGGUGUCAAAAUGGUAUAUUUUUGAUUCCAUGAUAAUGCUCUGGCAGUUCAGAAUAUUUACAGGUACAAUAUAACAAAAAUGGAAAAUGUUGAGAUCACCUAGAAGGUUUGGAAACAUCUAAAAGGAAAGGGAAAAAAAUUGUUUCAGAAUUAAAUGACCAAUUUGUUUGCAAAGCAGAUGCAAGCUGACUUGAGUGCUUCUAGCAUUUUCCAAUUUUGUUUCAAAUUUCUUGCAUUCUUUGUUUGAUUUGUGAUAAUUUCAACAACUAAUGCCUCGAGUCAUGGGUCCAGAACAUGAUUCAAGUAGGAUUUCCAUUGAUUGAUUCAUACUUGAGAAAUAAGAAUGCUUAUUUUGCAAAAGAGAGUACUCAUGUUGAUAGCUGAAUUAAUGUGUCCUGUGCUGGUCAGAUGUGGGCAAUUACUGCAUCUUCAGAUAUGUAAAGUAUUUUCCAGAUUACCUAUACAACUUUGUUUACAAUAAAUAUAAAAAUUAUAAACAUUUUGUUUUAUUU